AUGGCUUCCACCGCAGAUAAGGGCAAAGGGAAGGAGAGCCCGCGUGCGACGGCGAUGAUUGUCAUUGGAAUGGCCGGGUCGGGCAAGACCACCUUCAUGCAGCGGGUCAACUCGUAUCUGCACUCGAAGAACCAGCCCCCCUACGUCCUCAACCUCGACCCGGCCGUCAUGCACCUCCCCUUUGACGCCAACAUCGACAUCCGAGACACUGUCGACUACGCCGAGGUCAUGAAGCAGUACAACCUCGGCCCGAACGGCGGAAUCAUGACGGCUCUCAAUCUCUUCACGACCAAGUUCGACCAGGUUCUUGGCCACAUUGAGAACCGGGCGCAGUCGGUCGACUACGUUCUUCUCGACACGCCUGGACAGAUCGAGAUCUUCACAUGGUCAGCAUCUGGCUCCAUCAUCACCGAUGCGCUCGCCUCUGCCCUCCCGACCGUCGUCGUCUACAUCAUCGACACGCCUCGCACGACAGCUCCCGCAACCUUCAUGAGCAACAUGCUCUACGCCUGCUCCAUCCUUUACAAGACCCGCCUCCCCUUCCUCCUCGUCUUCAACAAGACCGACGUCCAGCCUCACGACUUUGCACUCGAGUGGAUGCGCGACUUUGAGGCGUUCCAGGAGGCGCUGCUCGAGCGCCGCCAAACGCAUGGAGAGGAAGACGGGCCGGCGUACAUGGACAGUCUGAUGAACUCGAUGAGCCUGGUGCUGGACGAGUUCUACAAGCAUCUCAGGGCUGUCGGCGUUUCGGCGAUGACGGGCAAAGGCAUGGACGAGCUUUUCGAUGCAGUACGGGAGGCUCGCGAGGAGUACGAGACGGACUACAAGCCAGAGCUGGAGAAGAUCGUUGCCGAGCGGGAACGCAAGAAGGAGGCACAGAAAGCCGACUCGAUCUCGCGCAUGAUGCGGGACAUGAAGGUCUCGUCAGACGGCAAGAGCGCGGCAGUGCCCAAAUCCGAGCUGGACAAGUACCUUGACCCGAAUGCAGAGGACGAGGCAGACGAGGAAGACGAGGACGAGGGCGAGGUGAUUGACAAGAGUGCGCGGACGGAUUACGUCGAGUUGCCGAGUCGGAGGAGGGGUACGGGUCCUGGUAGAGCGACGGAAGGCCCCGAUGGUAGUCUGUGGCCUGCACCCUGA